AUGCAAAAGCUAGAGGUCAGCGGGAGACUGGUGAAAUGGGCAAUUGAACUGGUGGAAUUUGAUAUCCAUUACCGGUCGAGACUGGCAAUCAAGGGCCAAGCAGCGACAGACUUUAUAUCUGAGCUCACGCCCAUGAAAGUUGUGGGAGAGUCCUCUGAGCUCACGCCCGUGAAAGUUGUGGAAGAGUCAUUGGAGCUCACCCCCACGAAAAUCGUGGGAGUGCCCUCCGAGACCGGCGGGGAGGAAAGUGGUCCCGGAGCGGAUAAGGAGAUGCACAUUCACGCCUCAAACAAUGCGGCAGAGUACGAGGCCUUAAUUGGUGGGUUGCAACUCUCACGGGAUAUUGGCGUAGAUAGAGUGGAGGUGUUCAGUGAUUCACAGCUGGUCGUCAAUCAAGUCAACGGGAGCUUCGAAGCAAAGGAGCCUCAAUUGAACUCCUACCAAGCACUGUCAAAAACCUUCAUGCAACGCUUCAAGUAG